AUGAUUUUGUUUUUGCCUCCAUCUACCCACCCAGCACCCUCUCCACCACCUCUACCGACUUCACCAACCACAGAUCAUCUCCUUCACUUACAACGCCAACCUCCCCGAAUCCUUCACCUACACCGUCAUCCACACCAAAAACCUCCUUCAACUACACCGUCACCCACGCAACCUCCUCCACCUACAUACUCUACACCACCACCAGCCCCCACCUCCUCUACCUACACCACCACUAGCCCCACCUCCUCCACCAUCCACUCAACUUCCUCACCUACAUGUACAUGCUCAACACCACCGUCAGCCUCACGUCCACCUUCUCCACCAACCGUCCCACCUUCUUCACCUCCACCACAACCAAGAACACGUCUUCCACCUACAUACUCUACAUCACCAUCCCCACCACCCCCUUCACCUACAUACCCUACACCACCACCAGCCCCACCUCCUUCACCUACACAAACGCCUCCUCUACCGACAACACCCCCUACUCCACCUCCUCCACCUACACCACCACCCACACCACCUCCUCCACCUACACCACCGCCACCUACACCACCUCCUCCACCUACACCACCACCCACACCACCUCCUCCACCUACACCGCCACCCACACCACCACCACCUCCUCCACCACUCACACCACCUCCCGACCCACCUUAUCCUCCUACACCAUCACCCACACCACCUCCUUCACCUAUACCACCAGCAGCCCCACCUCCGCCACCUACACCAAUACCCACACCACCUCCUCCACCUACAUCACCACAUACACCACCUCCUCCACCACACAUACCACCCCCCGCCCCACAUUAUCCUCCUACACCAAUACCCACAACACCUCCUCCGCCUACACCACCACCCGCCCCACCUCCGCCACCUACACCACUACCCACACCACCUCCUCCACCUACACCACCACCAGCCCCACCUCCGCCACCUACACCACUACCCACACCACCUCCUUCACCUACAUCACCACAUACACCACCUCCUCCACCUACACCACCACACACACCACUCCCCGCCCAACAUUAUCCUCCUACACCACCACCCACACCACCUCCUCCACCUACAUCACCACAUACACCACCUCCUCCACCUAUACCGCCACACACACCACCUCCUCCACCUACACCACCAUCCGCCCCACCUCUUUUACCUACACCACUACCCACACCACCUCCUCCACCUACACCACCACAUACACCACCUCCUCCACCAGCAGCCCCACCUCCUUUACCUACACCACCGCCCACACCACCUCCUCCGCCUACACCACCACCCGCCCCACCGCCACCUACACCAAUACCCACAUCACCUCCUUCACCUAUACCACCAGCAGCCCCACCUCCGCCACCUAAACCAAUACCCACACCACCUCCUUCACCUAUACCACCAGCAGCUCCACCCACGCCACCUACACCAAUACCCACACCACCUCCUUCACCUAUACCACCAGCAGCUCCACCCACGCCACCUACACCAAUACCCACACCACCUCCUUCACCUAUACCACCACCAGCCCCACCUCCUCCACCUACACCACUACCCACACCACCUCCUUCACCUAUACCACCAGCAGCCCCACCUCCGCCACCUAAACCAAUACCCACACCACCUCCUUCACCUAUACCACCACCAGCCCCACCUCCUCCACCUACACCAAUACCCACACCACCUCCUUCACCUACACCAAUACCCACACCACCUCCUCCACCUACACCAAUACCCACACCACCUCCUUCACCUAUACCACCAGCAGCCCCACCUCCGCCACAAAUAUGUAUUUAUGAAUCAAUGUCUUAU